GUGGCGGUGUCGCGGAUGCCACUCGUAUGAAGCCGAGUUGGCUCUUUACCACACUCGCGUGAAUUUCUAGGGUCAUUUUCCGAUACACUACACGAUGUUCAAGCGGGUCGAGAGGAGACGUAAAAGACGCGACGACGAGGAAAAACUAGGGCUGGACGAAGAAACGAGGGAACUACUAGGCUUCAACGAGACAGACUCUGACGAAUCGGAAACGGAAACGGAGUCGGGGGAGGAUAACCAGGCAGGCGAAGAUUUGGUGUCAGUGCUAAAUGGAGAGCAUGACAGCGAAGGGGACGUCGACGAAGACGAAGACGAGGAGGAAUCACCAAUAUCUAUCGAAGAAGCACUCAAAGAUCCUGUCUAUUUGAUAUCCAUAGACCCCACAGUUUACGGGUGCGUUCUGUGCAGGGGAAAAAUCAUCAAGAAUGCGGACAUGGCCGCCGUCCAUAAGGGCUCUACUGCUCACAAACGACACUACGACCGUUUCAAGGCACUUGCAUCGACGGCAAAUUCAACCGACAACGCAUGGGACAUUGUCAGGGUGCUUUGGGCCCAGGGGAGUGAACAGGAGCUCCCACCAAAUCAGUUGUCGAAAAGGGCUCUGAAACGCGUAAGGCACAUAAUGUCGCCAGUCAUUAUUUGACCACCUUGGACCUUGGAUAGCAAGCGAAGCAAGUAGCCCUUAAGGAGAAGAGGAAGCGACAUAAGGAACUUAAAACCAAGGCGAUAACGAGAAAAGCAAAGACGAAAGCUCCGAAGGAUGGUGCAGCCAACACCGAUAGUGCCACUACACCGGGCAAAGUUUCCGAGCGGGUGCAGCAAAGUACAUCUAGGCGACCUGCGAAACGUCAAAAACUUGAACAAACCCAACCUGUACUUUCCAAACCCCAGACAAUUGACAAGGAGAAAGCACCGCGUGUCCAGGAAAACACCCACAAAAAAUCGAAAAAGAGCACCAGAAAGAUAACGACAACUGACAGCUAAUCAGGUGCUAGGGGUAA